CUCCAUAAAAGCAAAGAAAGAAGAAGAUAUUACACGCAGAUCCCGCCCGAUUGACAGAUGAUUUUCACCAAUCAAGCUUUGCAUUCCUCAAUGAACAUGCAAUUUGAGGAUGGUAUAUUCAUCAAAGAUUACAUCAGGAUGAUGGCGUAUAUGAUCGUGUUGUGUUUCACACUGGCAAUUUCGUUAUCAUUUUGGUUCCUUUCCAUAACUGCCAGCACAUACUAUGGUACUCUGCAGCCAGUAUCACCAUGGCGGUGGCUGAUCUCCGUGCUUGUCCCUCUUUUCAUCACAUUUAGAGCCUUUAAACGCAAGAAUCUUGAUCAUGGUGGUGCCAUAGGAGCGAUGCUGGUUGGCUUUUUUCUUACUAUGGCCAACAUGAGCUUUUUUGGAGCUUUGUUCACCUUUUUUGUCACGUCCAGCAAACUAACCAAAUGGAAGGGAGACAUCAAAAAACAAAUUGACUCAGAUUAUAAAGAAGGAGGCCAGAGGAACUGGUUGCAAGUUUUCUGUAAUGGUGGAGUUCCUACUGAAUUGGCCCUGCUCUAUAUGAUUGAAGUUGGUCCUGGAGAAAUACCUGUGGAUUUUGGGAAGCAAUAUUCCGCUUCAUGGAUGUGCUUAUCACUCUUAGGAGCCCUGGCUUGCAGCACAGGGGACACCUGGGCUUCUGAAGUUGGUCCUGUGCUUAGUAAGAGUAAACCCAAGCUCAUUACCACCUGGAAAGAUGUCCCAGCAGGUACAGACUCUUCUGUGACGUCUGAGAUUCAGCAUCAGUUGAGCUGGUCCUCAGCUGUGUUGCUCUCAUCACGUCUCUGCGCUGGUGUCGUGAUUCCUGUUGGAUUAGUGGCCAGUGUUUUGGGUGGAGGCACAGUGGGAACCGCGUACUACUUCAUGCAGCUCCUGUUGGUAAAAGAUCUGCAUUUAGCAGUUCCUCAGUGGCCUAUCAUCUUGUAUGGAGCAAUAGCUGGUCUGUUUGGAUCUCUGCUAGAUUCAUUCCUCGGUGCAACCAUGCAGUAUUCAGGAUAUGAUGAAUCCAUUGGGAAGGUUGUGAGUUAUGAGUCACCGAGCGUUAAAAGAAUAUGUGGGAAACCCAUCCUGGACAAUAAUGGAGUGAAUCUGUUCUCUUCUGUACUCAUAGCACUAUUCCUGCCUGGGUUUGCUGGGAUAUUCUAGGCUAGGCACUGAAUCAUGUGAUUUUAAUUGUGUAUCAUGUCCCUUUUAAGAUAAAAAGCAGUUUAUGCUAAAACAAUGCCAUUACCAUAACACCAUGGAUUUUAUUUUUAUUUUUUUGAAUUUAAUCAAGCACAAUUUAAACUCCCAAUGUCUUUGUUUCUACACAUUGUAUUGAGGCUUUCAAAAUUAUUUAAAGUUGAAAUGUGUAAUGUUAAAAUACUUCACAUAGGAGAACAAAUAAAUUAUAUUAAUCUUGAAAGGCUGCCAAAGGCACAUGCUGACUCUCCAAGUAUUUCUUCUUGUGUGCCUCUAUGACUUUGGAAAGACUUGUGAUGGCAAAUAGGCAAAUAUUUAAGCUUUACAGCACGGUAUACAGAGCUCAAAAUACUGUAAAAAUCUGUCAAAGUCACAGACUACUAGAGCCAAAUAGUUUCUAGGCCACUACAAUUCCGAUCACUUCAUUACAUGCCCACUAGGCAAUUGUUUUCGUAGUCCAUUUCUUACAUAAUCAUUUUAAAUGAAUAGCGUUUUCUGCUUAUCACCAAAUGUAUGUGUCUCUGUGUAAGUGUCUAUGCCAUUUAUUACAGGUGUAGGUUCUGGUGUUUUGUGUAUGUCAGAGAUCAACACAUUCAAGUAGUCCAUUGGAAUGUAUGUGUACUUUGUGGAAUAAAGUACCCUUACACACAAAGCAUGCUAGGUUCUUCAGCCAUUCAACCAUCCAUUUUUGUUUACUGUCUUGAAUUAAAAAUAAUAAUUAUGAUUAUGAGUCAUUUGUUUUUUUUAAGUAUUUAUAUUUUGUUCCAGAUCUGUAAAAUAAUAGUGUUCAAAACUAACACUCGCCAAGCACCAAACGUGGGGUUGAAAUGGCUUUGGCAAGUAAAUAAAAUGAGAAGGAAGUAAAUUUUCUAAUUAAGAAAAUAACAUGCAUUACAGGUAAAGAUGGUAAUAGCUGCUCCUGCUCCAGGUUACCUAUGCAAACAUAUUUUACAUGUAGCCUAGAUGAUGUUUGGAUAUUACAACAAAACCAUAUACUAACAAAUAGCAUGUUUAUACAGACC